CUUUUUCAGUCAGCUGUCAAACACUGCAGGAGUCACGGCGGCACAAACACAUCAUGAUCUUCACUUUACACAAAAUGUGAUUCGUUUUUACAACAUUUCUGGAAAUUUCGCGGAUUUAAAUGCGCCUGGAGCUCAGGAGGAGACCGGUGCAGGAUGAUUCCUGUGGUUCCUGUGGAGGCCGGCACUCAUGUCCUGGCAGAGUUUGACUGUCUGGACCCCCUUCUUUCCGCACUGCGGCUGGAUUCGGGACGAAUCAAAUGCACAUGUCUCUCCGUGUCCAGGAAGUGGCUGGCUCUGGGCACGUCUGCCGGAGGCCUUCACCUCAUUCAGAGAGAUGGCUGGAAGCAGAAACUCAUUCUCACACACAAAGAAGGCUCAGUCACGCAGGUCUCAUGCUGCCCCCAUGAUGAAGACUUUAUCGCUGUAGCAACAAGUCAGGGUUUGGUGGUGGUGUGGGAGCUGCAUUUGGAGCGGCGUGGCCGCCCUGAGCGCGUCUCUGUGUCCUGGGAGCACCGUGGACAGACAGUAACAUCUCUGUGCUGGGACACCGUGGCACUAAGAGUGUUUGUCGGAGAUAUCGGAGGGAAAGUGUCCUGCGUCCGGGCUGGGUCAUCUAAACUCGGGAAGGGCUCUGCGUUUGUGAUCUUCCCAGUUCAGACCAUCACCACAGUGGAUUCACGUGUCGUUCAGCUGGGCUAUUCGGACGGACACCUGGUGGUCUCGUCUCUCAGCCGCUGCUACCUGUGUGACACAGAGAGGGAGAAGUUCUGGCGUGUGGGUAAUAAAGAGCGAGAUGGAGAGUUUGGGGCAUGUUUUUUCCUGCAGGGUCCUGCGGGUCAGCGAGGUCAGGCGCUGCUGUACUGCGCCCGGCCUGGCUCCCGCAUAUGGGAGGCCAGUUUCAGUGGCGAGGUCUUGAGCACACACCAGUUCAAACAGCUGCUGGCCUGUCCACCGCUGCCCCUCAUCUCUUACAAGGAUGAGCCACAUUUUAACCCCACACAGACGAGUCCACAGUCUCUGGCUUUCCCAAGACUCCUUCAGUUUGGUGAUCAAAACCUUCUCACCUGGACCGAUUCAGCCAUCUACAUCUUCACACCUCACAGUGGUCAGGUUCUGCUGUGGACAGAGGUUAAAGAUGUGGUGGAGAUUUCAGUUUUCCGCAACGAGCUAUUUUGUCUACAUGGUGAUGGACGUUUGUCUCACCUGUCGCUGAUGUCACCUGAGCGCUGUGUGGAGCGUCUGAUGAAGAGGGAGAACUGGACGUUUGCCGCCACUGUCUGCUGCAUGUUUCAGCACGCCAUUAUUACAUCCAGGGCCAGGAAGUCUCUCCCCAUUGAUCGCUUGGAGCAGCUCAAGGCUCAGCUAAACUCUGCCUCCCAGCAGCAGCUGAUUGGUCAGCUGGAGGAAGUGAUCAGCAAAUUGGAGCCACUGGACUCUGCCUGCAGCAGCCGCAGGAGCAGCAUUUCCUCACACGAGAGCUUCAACGUUCUGGACUGCGGCAUCUACCGCGUCAUCAGCCGAAGAGGCAGCCAAUCAGACGAUGACGCCAGCUCCCUCACCAACCAAUCGAUGCUCGAGGAGGAGCGGCUGAGAGAGUUCAGUUUCACCGAGGAGGAGCAGGUGGAGAAUGACUCUCAGUCUGUACGUGGAGAGGGCGACAGGUCAGACCUCAGCUUGCAGUUUCUGCCGCUGCCUUUCCGCUCAAAACCCCCACGAGUGGCCCUGCAGGCUGUUCGAGACAGUGUUUCGAGCUUUGUGAAGAAGACCACCGAGAAGAUCAACACGCUUCAGAUGAACGCAGACCUGUGGCCUCGGCCUGACCUCAGGGAAGGGGUUCAAGGGGAGGUCACGGCCACAGUGACCCCUCUUCCAGAAGAAGUCGAGCAUGAAUUGAACGCUGAGCAGUCCAGCGCGGAGUCUGAGCUGCAGGAGUUGAGGGCCGCCACAAAGAAAGCCAUCUCUCAGAUCCAGGACCCCAUGGUGUUACUGGACCCCAUCUGCCUAAGUAAUGUACUUCAAGAGUGGGCUCCAGUUCUGGAGAGGGUCCUGGGCCCAGAGGAUCACACCAGACUUGAAGAAAUAACAACUCAAGAGGACAAGACCCUGGAGGAGGAAGAACUUGUUUCAUCAAUGUCCUGUUGCGUCGUGGUUCAGCCAGAUAUAUACUCUCCUAACCUGGAUGAAUCCGCAACGCUCACUGAAGAAGAGGACCUUGGCGAAAGCAUCCCUUGCUCCACCGCCCCAGUCAGAGCUUUCCCACUUCUGGCGAACCAUGUUGAACUAAUACAGCUGUUUUCCCCCAAACCUCUGCCUCCUGACCUCCAGGCUGACCUCUCGCAGCUGGCCUGUCUUUAUCUGGAGAUGGGCUGUCCUGGUAGAGGAGGGGUGGAAAACGUGUGUGUUUUCCUGAGGAGGUACUUCUUCCUGUUAGACCAGGAGAGAGUGAGGAAGAUGUGUAUGCUGCGAUACAGAGAGCACCGCGAAGUGAUGAAGGCGUAUAUUGCUGGCAUGCUGGAGUUUACUCAGGCCAGUAAGGUGGUAGAGGUGAUUCAGAAGGGCGACCUGCUGAAGUCUCUGCGCAGUCUAAGAGAACUUCAGCCCUGGAACGCGCCUCUGCUCCUCUCACACCUGUACAGACUUUAUGAUAAGCAUGGAGAGGUGGCUGUUCGUGCCUACCCACAGUUCUAUCCCACAAUCCUCCCCUCUGACAUCAUGGCCAUGGCUUUACCCAGCCACUUCCUGCCUUAUCUAGACAAUCUGGUCCAAUCACGAGCCGAGCAGCAGCGGUUGUCUUUCUUGGGCUCUCUUCUCCAGCCAGAAACUCUGCGACAGGAUUGGCUGGAACUGGCACUAUCCCAUGAUGCCCCACAGAAGGAUGACACACUCACUCCUGACGGACAGCCCAGGUGGCGCUCUCACUUCUUCAGCUGGGGUUAUGGACGUCUGCUGUCUCUGUUGAUCCGUCUGCCUGCUGAUCUGGCCUCCAAACAGAAGAUGCUGGAGAUGUGCAGAACUCAUGGGUAUUGGAUGGGUUACCUGUACCUGUGCAGAGAGCUGCAGCGGCGGCCUGAGGCUUUCAGUGCCAUUUGCAGACUGGACGACAUGACACUUCUAGAGGGAGAUGAUGGUAUUGUACCUCAGUCUCUUGAUGAGUGGGUGUUGCUUCUCCAGCUCUCCCAGCAAAUCAGUUCAAGCACCGAAGCCCCGUCCACUUCAGCCCUGCCCAGCAGCCCCAAUGGAUCUUGUUCAGACGACACUAACGGCACGAGCAAUAGUUCUCCCGACCUAUCAGACGGCUCGACUGACUGGAACAUUCGUAUCAGCCCGGAGAACAUCAUCCUGCAUCUUGUGCGGGUUUUCGGGCCAGAUCAGGCCCUGACGGCCCUCCAGGAGCGCGGGAUACAGGUGGAUCUCAGUUCACACUCCACGCUGGUCUGCGAGCUGCUUCGUAUGGCUGAGAAGCGGCAAAGAGCACUAAUUCAGACCAUGUUGGAGCGCUGCGACCGGUUUCUGUGGUCUCAACACGCUUAGACCACAUGAUCUCCACAUAUGCCUUCAGGACCCGGCGCUGCUCUCGGAAUGGACACACUACAGCCCGCGGUUUUAAAACAACUGCUCUGGGAUCAGCUGCUUUGCUGAAGAUAAUGCAGCUGGCUGUUUCCACAUCAGCUGAUCUUAGAUUGUCAUGCAUUCCAGUCAGUCUAACGCAGUUUUUCGCACCAGCACUAUGACUGUAUUGUGCCGUAAAUGGUGAAAGCACUGCAUGGGCAUCACAUGACUUGGUCUGAACUGUUCUUCAGUAUUUCCUCUCCUGUUUCUUAUUUGGCUAUUUAAUAAGGUGCUGACACAGUAUUAACAAUGGGCCUUUUUAUAUCAUUCAUAAAUCCAUUAGUACACAAAUUCACAAAUUAUCCUAUAGCAUUGAAUGCAACAGUUUAUGUAAGAAUGCAUCGAUCUACACUUCCAUGUUCAUUUUACAUUUCAUGUAAAUAUAUAAAAUAAUUAAAUAAAUAAGCAAAUUACUAUAUAUAUAUAUAUAUAUAUACAUAUAUAUA